GGCCCUGCACUUCCUAGAGCCCCCUCCCCCUGCAGAUGUUCCAGCUGUUGCUCCUGGCUCUCUCCUUCCUGGAAAACCCCGUGUUCAUUGCCUCUGUCUCUGUCUCCAGAAGUAAGCCAGUGGGCAUUGUGGGGGGUCACCGUACCCCACCAGGCAGGUGGCCAUGGCAGGUCAGCCUGAGAACCUACGAUUACAAGGCAAGCUCCUGGGUGCACAUCUGUGGGGGCUCCAUCAUCCGCCGUCAGUGGAUUCUGACUGCUGCCCACUGCAUCCAAAGCCAGGAUGCUGACCCAGCCUUGUUCCGGGUCCAGGUGGGGGAAGUAUACCUCUACAAGGAACAGGACCUUCUGAACAUCAGCAGGAUCAUCAUCCACCCCGACUACAACCAAUUCAGUAAGAGGUUUGAUGUGGCCCUGAUGCAGUUGACUGCCCACCUGGUCACCUCCACACAUGUCAGUCCAGUCUCUCUGCCAAAUGCCAGCUCAAUCUUCAACUCAACUGACCAGUGUUGGUUGGCUGGCUGGGGCAAUGUUCACCAAAAUGAGGGAUAG